UGUAACACGGGCAGAUCGGAGGAGAUCACGUAGUCGCCAAAGUUCACGGCACUUGUCAGCGAUUCAUUCUUUACCACUGGAAUAUAAUCAUCGCUCCGUGUGACAUCUCAAAGCACAAGUCGGCCGCGCACCUUCAGGUUUGUCACAGGGGUCCCGCAAACCAGGGGCCAAAGAGGAGAGAUGGGGGACUGGAACAUGAGAGUUGAUACUCUGAGUGAGGAGGCCCUGAGGAGGCUGGCAGAGAUGCUGGACAACACCACCUGUGGAUGGAGGCAGCUGGCCAGUGUGGUGACUGAGCAGCCUCGGUUCCGCUGCAGUGAGAGUGAGCUGACCAGCUGCUCACUGCAGGUGCUGAGCCCCACUGGCAGCCCGGGACGGUUCCUCCUGGCUCGCUUAGCUGAUCGCUCCUGCACCCUGGCUUUCCUGCUCCACUGCCUGAAGAGGAUGAACCAUCAGGAGGCUGUGCAGUACCUCACUACCGCAGUGACAGAGCAGAUCCGGAUCGUAGUGCAGCCCCAGUCCCAGGAGGCGUCAGAGGGCAGCAGGGUGGUGUUGACCUGCAAAGCCUCUGGUCCUGCUGGACUCAGCUACCAGUGGUUCAGGGGCAGAGAGGAGAUUUUGGGUGCAUCUGGGAGUGGACCAGAGCUGCUUCUCUCUCCUUUCAGCCUCGUCCACCAAGGCUCCUACACCUGCAGGGUCAACCAUGGAGAAAACUGGAUCUUCUCAGACUGGGCUCACAUUCGCUUUAUCCGCUCUGUGAACUCUAGUCCAGGCUGUAGCAGCAGUCUGUUUCCGGGGUCAGCGAGCGGUCUGCGUAUCGUCCGUCAGCCCCAGUCCCAGACAGCGUCAGAGGGCGACACUCUGUUUCUGGAGUGCCACGCUGAGGCCAACCCUCCUGCCCAGUUCCAGUGGUACCACAAUAACAAACCCAUGCCAGAGCACAAGACACGUUCGCUCAGAAUCCCUUGUGUGACCACAGUGCACAGAGGACUGUACAGCUGCAGGGUGUAUAACUUUUACCACGAGACAUGGAGCGAUACAGCCCAAGUCACCAUCGGCCCCAGUUCCAUCACUGAUGCCACUUGGGUAGAUGGUCCAGUGGCCACUUAUAAUCCUGCCAGGCCUAAAUCCAGUUUCUAUGCCACAGACAAAGUUGCCCUCAUGAUUGGCAACAUGAACUACAUCUACCACACUCAGCUCUGUGCACCGAUGGCUGACGUUCACGAGCUGAGCAACCUCCUCAGGCAGCUGGAUUUCAAGGUGGUGUCCCUGCUCGACCUCAACUGUCAGGAGAUGCACAGUGCGGUUACCGAGUUCCUGCUGCUGCUUGACAAGGGAGUCUAUGGCUUGCUGUACUUUGCUGGUCACGGUUAUGAGAACUACGGCAACAGUUUCAUGGUGCCCAUCGAUGCGCCGGCCUCCUACACAUCAGAGCACUGCUUGUGUGUGCAGAAUGUGCUGCAGAGGAUGCAAGAGAAAGAGACGGGACUCAACAUCUUACUGCUGGACAUGUGUCGCAAAAGAAACCUAAAUGAUGACAUCAUCCUACAACAGGGCCCAUUGAAGGUGACAGCCAAUAUAGUGUUUGGAUAUGCCACAUGUGUGGAUGCAGAGGCGUAUGAAGUGAAGAGAGACGGCCUGUCCAAUGGCAUCUUCAUAAGCUUCCUGAAACAGCGUCUCUGUGAAGAUGAGAAGAUCACAGUCAUGCUCGACAAAGUGGCUGAAGACAUGGGUCGCUGUGAGAUCACGCGGGGCAGGCAGGCUCUGGAGCUGCGCAGUAAUCUGUCAGAGCGACGCUCCCUCACUGACCGCAUACACAACUCUGACUGUCCCGCCGCCUCUUCAGCUCGCAACCUGCAGUGGGGCAUUGCUCACGACCUGCCUAAGAGCCGGAACCUGCUGUUUGACUGUGGAGUGAAAGUGCAGCUUGGCUUUGCCGCAGAGUUCUCCAACAUCAUGAUCAUCUACACUCGGAUCCUGGAGAAGCCUCGGGAUGUUGUCUCCUGCUCCGCUCAGCUUACAGACUUCCCAGAGGAUCUGGACAUUGAUCUGAAGAAGAGCAAUCAGGAGACUCUGGUUGAAGCAGGAAGUUUACUGUUGAUCAAGGAAAAUCUUCCUUCCCCAGAAGUCCCCAGCCUCUACACGCGCCUGCGGAGCCUGCAGAGGCUUAAGGCCGAGCUCACAUUCACUGUGUGUCUUCACUACUGCUAUUCCAACAUGGAUGAGGACAUCCAGGAAAGGCAAACGGUCACAGUUGGCAAACCUCUGGUCUCCAAACUCAACCUCCACGAGCCACGGGUGCCCUGCUGCAGCUCUCCCCCCUCCUCCUUCGACCUUCUCUCCCUCGAAGUCCCCGAGUCCUCCUCCUUUGCAGAGGCUCUUGGGUCAGACCUGCCUGCCUCUGAAACAUCCUCCACUGGAUCAGCCUCAACCACCUGGUCCUAUUAUUCACAGACUGCCGUAGAUUCUGCCACCGCCGACGGUCCGACUUCGUCCCGGAGAGCCAACAUACCAGAGGAGUCUGAACUGUUUGACUGUGAUGCCCCUAAACCUCUCACCGCCAGCACCAGUUUGCCUCCCAGCCACGGAAAGGACACAAAAUACAAAUUUAGCAACAUGUACAACUUCAGUUCUUAUUAAGGGGCACUGAGUCUGACCUUUACAAACCUGGUGCGAAAUCAUCAAAAGAACAAGAAAGUCAAAAGGAAGAAAAACCCCUUGUGAAUGUGAAUUUGUCAUAUUACAAAACCUGCAGAUCAUUUUUUGUUCAAUUUGCUGUUACUUUCUUAGUAUCCAUUCAUUAACUGUUUGUGCAGCUCACUUGUAAACAUUAACAGAGAAAUGAAUGAAAUGGACUAUUUCUGAUGCACUGCAAAAAAAAAAAAAAAAAAAAAAAAAAAAAAAAAGGAAGUUCCAGCCUGAUAGGUCUCUUUGUUUGUCAAAGGGAACAAAGAGGACAUGUAAUUACUUUACAGCCAGUGUAUUAAUUAAGUUUGUAGAACAACCAAACAUUUGUAAUUGCUAUUUGUAUAUGGUACAGCUCUCCAAACAUCGUAAUUUCUGUGUGUGUAUUUAGCAAGGUGUUUUACAUAAGGCACGUUAAUGUUUGCUAGUUAUAUUUCAUUCAAAUCUGUUCCUGUAAAUACAGUACACAUUUGGCAUGCUGCCCAGGGGUCUAGGCACAGUUAUUUUCAGUUUCCAUUAACUUGUACUGUCCUGUAUGUGUAUACUGUAGUGAAAUAAUGGGCUACUUUUUUUUUAUUGAACAUAUAUUUAUGAACAUACAAAUUCUUAUUGAGGAUACAUACACACA